AUGUUAUGGGAGUCUGCACCCAAGCUGAAAGACUUUCAAAGGGCUCAGCUAUCAGGACUCCUCGAAGACGGCCUUGAAGAUGACCUUGAAGACGACCUCGAAGACGACCAAAUCCAAGCGUCUGCGCCUGCUACCGCCUUGUGCCCAACAAGAAGUGUACGCGGUGCCAGUGUCUGCACAAGGUAUGCAAGCAAUCCGCACGCAUGGUACCCGGAAUGUCCCAACCAUCACUUCAUCCAGGUUGGAGAACAUAUUGCCCCUCGUGACCACAACUCCCAAACGACGUUUGAUGUUCAAACCUACGAGCCUAGGCUGCAGGAACCGAAAGGGCUAGCUGCUCUACCCUGGUUCGAUGAACCAAUUGCUCCGGUCCAGGAGCAACCUCAAGUCCUUGAUGAUGAUGCGCUGCAGGCUGUUCUGGAUGAACCAGUUGCGGGAAAGGUCACAAGAUCAGGCCAUACCUAUAGUAAAAACGGUGUCCAGACAAUCGAAGUACAACACCCAUCUGCAGUCUACCUUGUCGCCAAGAUGGGAGGACGCGACAAACCAACUGCGGAGAUUCGUGCGAACCAUGGCUGGGAAACGAUGGGGUCGGGGUUGGAGGGAGAAAAGCUUGCGUUCUGGAAAAGUUUACCGGUCUACACGCUGUGCGUGGAAAAGGACAUAAGACUCACCAGCCAUGGGCGAGAAGUUUUUGUCUGCCGUGCCUUUGUAUCCGAUAGGCACAUCAAAGUCUCCUUUACACCAACACAUCUGGGGCGAGAAAGCGGUCGAACCGGGCAGUUGUGCAUAUCCCUCGUGCACUCGGAAAUCCAAACAUUAUGUGAGGACGACGUCCAAGAACAUAAUGAAGAAAGUGACCGGAUCGAUGAUGAUACGGCCAAUGCAGAGGAGUUAGCUGCCAUGAUGGGAGACGAAGAGGUCUAUGACUCUGAUCAAGAAGACGAAGAUGACAGUGAAUACACUGAUACCAGAGCACUGGCUCUCCCUGACGUCGAAUACACAGACAGCUUUGAGAGGAAUUUUUACUCAAGCUUUGGAAUCUCGAGUAAUGAAUUCACGUCACGGCCGGUUUAUUGCUCUGAAGCGAAGGAAGGAUCAAUCACUGUUUCCUACCCGAUGAAUCUACUGGGCCGUGAGGAAGAUAACGCUGCCCCUGAUUAUGAGGUCGAUCAACAACAACGGGCCUUCUUCUCAGGGGCUCGUACCAACUGCGUUUGGAAUAACAAGGCCGCAUCCUGUUCGUUCUACAUUCAUAAGAAUCGUGGCUGGGAUCCCGGUUUCGACACUGCGAUUCUCGAAAAAGGUGGCCUACUCGCAGCCCUCGAAGAUGGUAAUCCGGUUCUUGACUGGCUGCUUGCCGACAAUGAAGUUAUCGAGUCCAAGCCAAUGCCCUCGAAGACCCCUCGCAGAGGCACUGCGGAGUCCUCCCUGGAGGGUCUGGUCCAGCUACCGCGACGCGUUCGAAAGUCGGAAAGGGUUCGACGAUCUUCUCCCCUCCUUCGUUUGCAUUGA